UUAAUUAUCGUUUUAUUCAAAAUCGUGGUCAAGCCGGAGCCGGUAAAGUAGAUCGCUGUCGCGAGAGCGCACAUAACCCCAAAAGUGCCGUAAACAAAGCCGGUUUGUGCGUGAAAAUGUCGUUUAAGAAAGGCGUGGACCCCAAGGUGUUCCGCGCCAUCCAAAACGUGGACAUGCACCAGCUGUCCGAAUGCACCGAGGUGGAGAUCCGCCCCGUGUUGCCCUGUCUCGUGCGAAUGGGGCUCAUCUCGCCCCUCGACACGUCGAAAAAAUGCACCACCAUGAAGGUCGACAUUCUCACAAUCGUGUCCGGGAUGGAACUGGUCAAUUCGAUCGUUGCCCUUCUUUCCAUCGAUUUCCAUCGACUGGAAACCGAGGUCAAGAAGGAGCAGCAGCUGCGCCAGAAGGGCGUAGCCCUCCAGAACGACUCGAUCCUGAUCGGCAACUUAUCAAACACCAGCAUGGCCUUGGAGUACGAACGCAGCGACAUGACCCGCCGUUUGAGCAUCUUACUCGGGGAACUACUCUACGUCCAGAGCCAAAUCCAGGACGAAAACUCGGACACGAGCUACAUCAAGCCCUCGGAACUGUUCGACAACGACAUUUUCGCCGAGGAAUUGUCCGAUAUUAUCUGCAUAGCCUUGGCUGAACUCCCCAUAACUCUAAACAUUUUGACAAUCACUGAAACCCUCCUCCACUUGCACAACGGCCCGCCCAUCAUUUGCCGAAUCGUGGCGAACUUCCCCGACUGCUUCCGAGAGGUUUGCACCUACUUGAUCCAAACGGGGGAAAAACAGGAAGAAACCAAACUGAGCACAGUCCGAGCCGCCACGAUUUCCCUCCUCUGUAAAAUGAAUCCGAGCCAGGCUUUGACAAUCCGAAGCAAGUGCGUCGAAUUGUGCCGAAUGCCCGCGCUCGCAAUCACACUAUCUCUGGACGGCGGGGAGGGGGACAUGGUGGCGUUCAUCUCCGGGCUGUUGCUAGGCAACGACCAAACAAUACGCAACUGGAUCGCGUUAUUUAUCCGGACUGGACAGAAAAAGAAGGGGGAGAUUUCAAGCACCGCCCUUUUGCAACUAAGGGAGGAGUUGUUACGUCGCUUGCACGUGAUUCUCGCCGCUUCUGUCGAAGGCCACCUAUUGGACAGUCUCGUGGUUCAAGGCUCCGCCCUCUUGCGCCUCUAUUGUGCGCUUCGCGGGAUCGCAGCAAUCAAGUUUCAGGAGGAUGAAGUCACGGCAUUGGUGCGUCUGUUGACGUCACACCCAAGCCCCACCCCGGCGGGCGUUCGCUUCGUUUCCAUUGGUCUGUGCAUGUUGAUUGCCUGCCCCUCGCUGAUUUCGCUGCAAGAGCACGAGCGACGUAGCAUCGAGUGGGUGCAAUGGUUGGUGAAGGAGGAGGCGUAUUUUGAGUCGGCCAGUGGCGUUACUGCCAGUUUUGGCGAAAUGUUACUACUGAUGGCUAUACAUUUUCAUAGUAACCAGUUGAGUGCCAUCUGUGAUUUGGUGUGUGCCACUUUGGGGAUGAAAAUCCCCAUCAGACAUAACAACAUGACAAGGAUGAAGCAAGUCUUCACGCAGGAGAUUUUCACGGAACAAGUUGUAACCGCACAUGCGGUUAAGGUUCCGGUUACGAACUCGUUAAGUGCGAAUAUGACCGGGUUUUUACCCAUACAUUGCAUCCAUCAGUUGCUUAAAUCGCGCGCGUUUGCCAAACACAACGUGAAUAUAAAAAACUGGAUCUAUAAGCAGAUCUGUACGAGUGUUAGUCCCUUACAUCCAGUGUUGCCAAUGCUAGUGGAAGUGUACGUUAACAGUGUUAUAAUGCCAACCUCACGGAACACUGAGACUAAUAAGCCGUUGAGUGAGAAUGAGAUACGGCGCGUGUUUCAAAGUUCGAUCUUUGGACAGUAUUUCGACCACAAAAAGUCGAUUUUUACCAUGGAUUUUGACCUAAAUAGUGAGAAUCAGGACGUUGUGGUGGAUGGUACAAGUCUCACCCCACAACUCCUCCUCCUCUACUAUCUCCUCCUGUACGAGGACUGUCGAUUGGUUAACGCCCACAUUUUGGCCGCGUUUAACCGCAAAAUCAAGUUGUAUAGUUCCGAAUUUUUAUCGGAACUACCAAUCAAAUACUUGCUACACCACGCCCAAAAAGACCAAAGCUCCUAUUCGGGUCUUUUCGGGCCGUUGCUCAAACUCCUAGCUACGCAUUUCCCCCACUUGACACUAGUGGAGGAUUGGUUGGACGAUAUGUCCAUCAAAACGGAGCAUAAGCCAACCCACGUGACGCAAAUAAGCGUCAUUGAGGCUUUCAAUGACUUGGACACUAACCCAUCAAAGUGUGCCAAGCUUAUGCAAACUUUACUCAAACAGCAAGCCAUAGAUAUAUGGCCAUUUGCCGAGAUUUUCACACAAUUCGCCCGCAAGAUCCUAAAUGACAAUGUCCCACGCUACUUACAAGACCUGUACAGAGACGUAUGGUUACGCUUUAAUACGGUACUUCCCCGCCGAUUGUGGGUUCUAACCGUCAAAAACCUAGUCGAUGAUUUCUCAAACCUGACACGAAUCGAUGUCGCUGAGGAUCCUCUCCAGAUCAUGCGAUGCGAUGAGCGUGUUUUUCGCUGUGCCCCUUUAUAUGCGAUUGUUUUGAGGGUGUUGAGAGCAAGUCUCGCGUCGUCUCGCAGCCAACUAAUGCAACAUUUGCAAGCUAAUCCGAGAUUGGAUCAUGCGGGGCAAGUUUUAAAUGAGAGUGAUAGAGAGGAGAUGUGUCGGGCGACCAUUGCAGCACAGGAAAGUGCAGCUGUUCAAAUGCUACUAGAAACUUGUAUUGAGACAGAUGAGGAUCGUACGAUUGGGGGGCAAAAGUGGGCACUUCAGGAAGUUAGGUCGUUGGUUUGUAGUUAUCUACACCAGGUUUUUAUCGCGGAUACGAUGUUGGCCAAACUGGUACACUUUCAGGGCUAUCCAAGCGAGCUGAUCGAGGUGAUGGUCAAAGGCGUGCCCUCCAUGCACAUCUGUUUGGAUUUUUUGCAAGAAUUAAUGCAACAGCCAAGUCUCGAUAAACAAAUUUUUGCGAUACAGUUGUUAUCACACUUGUGCAUACAAUACGCGCUGCCCAAAAGUUUAAAUUUAUGUGUGGCAGCACUGAAUCUACUUUACGCCCUACUUGGAAGUUUGUCGAGUAGUCAAAGGGUGCGCCUAUUUCGCCCGAUUUUACCCGCCUUGGUGCGCAUAAGUGAAGCUUUCCCGCCAUUGGUUGACGAUAUCGUCAAUCUAAUGAUGCAAUUGGCUAAGGUUUGCAAAUCACAGGCGUCGCUAGCGUCGCAUUUUGACGUCCACUUGGGCAAAGAGUUGGAAGUUUCAGCCGAGGAAAGCAAGGAGUUGUGUGUGUUAGUACAGGAGACGUUUAGUGAUAUUUUGGAUAGGGCUGUCUUCAAAUCGAAGAUUUAUAAGCAGGAAUAAAGUUUGAAAAAAAAGUGAAUG